AGGUGUGUCGUGAAGAGGGGGCAGUCAAUGCUGCCCCCCCCUCCCGUGUCAAAUAUCCCCGGCGCUCUCCGUCUCCCGCAGGUGGUCUGGCAGAAGUCCUCCUCAUCCUCUUCUUGCGGGCAGGUGCGGGAACUCCGACAUGGCGGGGAAUGCGGGCCCGAAGCGGCAGGACACUCGGAAAUUUGUGGAGAACCUUUCCGGCGCCGGGAAAUGCAUCGCAGUGCUGACCAGCGGCGGAGAUGCUCAAGGUAUGAAUGCAGCAGUCCGUGCUGUUGUCCGAAUGGGCAUCUAUGUUGGAGCAAAAGUCUACUUCAUCCAUGAGGGCUACCAGGGGAUGGUGGAUGGUGGAGACAACAUCAAAGAGGCAACAUGGGAAAGCGUCUCAAGCAUGCUGCAAGUGGGUGGCACAGUCAUUGGCAGUGCUCGCUGUAAAGAGUUUCGUACCCACGAGGGACGUCUGAAAGCUGCUCACAACCUGGUGCAGCGCGGCAUCACCAACCUGUGUGUGAUUGGUGGAGAUGGCAGCUUGACGGGAGCCAACCUUUUCAGGGAGGAGUGGAGUGGUUUGCUGAACGAGCUUUUGGAGCAAGGUCUCAUCAACGAGGAGGCUGUCAGCAGUAACUCUGUGCUCCACAUUGUUGGGAUGGUUGGCUCCAUUGACAAUGACUUCUGUGGCACCGACAUGACCAUUGGAACCGACUCGGCCCUACACCGAAUCAUUGAGGUGGUGGAUGCCAUCAUGACAACUGCUCAAAGCCACCAGAGAACUUUUGUACUUGAGGUCAUGGGUCGACAUUGUGGAUACCUUGCUCUGGUCAGUGCUCUGGCAUGUGGAGCAGACUGGGUCUUUAUUCCAGAAAUGCCUCCUGAUGAUGGCUGGGAGGACAACAUGUGUCAAAAACUGUCAGAGAGUCGAUCCAGAGGUUCCAGAUUGAAUAUUAUCAUAGUUGCUGAAGGAGCUACUGACAGACAAGGACAGCACAUUACCUCAAGUUUUGUAAAGGAUCUGGUGGUGCGCUGCUUGGGUUUUGACACAAGAGUUACCAUCUUGGGUCAUGUGCAAAGAGGUGGGACCCCCUCAGCUUUUGACAGGAUCCUUGCAAGUCGAAUGGGAGUGGAGGCGGUGCUGGCCUUGCUGGAGGCGUCCACAGAGACCCCCGCCUGUGUGGUGUCUUUAGUUGGUAACCAGGCUGUUCGGCUUCCACUUAUGGAGUGUGUUCAGAUGACCCAAGAAGUACAGAAGGCCAUGGAUGAGAAGAAGUUUGACGAGGCGGUCCGUCUGCGCGGCAGGAGCUUCGAGAACAACCUGAGCACCUACAGACUCCUGUCCUACCGUAAACUUGAUUCUGAACUCCCAAAUAGCUCCUUCAAUGUAGCGGUGAUGAACGUUGGCGCUCCGGCUGCAGGUAUGAAUGCCGCCGUGCGCUCCGCUGUGAGGGUGGGAAUCACAGAGGGCCACAAAAUGUUUGCUGUCAACGAUGGCUUCGAGGGAUUUGCUAAAGGACAGAUUAAGGAGAUCAAGUGGGGAGAUGUUGGUGGCUGGACUGGUCAGGGUGGGUCUCUGCUGGGGACAAAAAGAACCCUUCCAGCGAAACAUUUGGCGAAGAUCGCUGAGCAGAUGAGAAUCCACAACAUCAACGCUUUGCUUGUGAUUGGAGGAUUCGAGGCCUUUGAGUCCCUGCUGGAGCUGUACGAGGCCCGCGCCCACCAUGAAGAGUUUUGCGUCCCGAUGUGCAUUCUGCCCGCCACCAUUAGUAACAAUGUGCCCGGCACCGACCACAGUCUGGGAGCCGACACGUCACUCAACGCCAUCGUGGAGACGUGCGACCGCAUCAAGCAGUCUGCCAGUGGCACCAAGCGGCGAGUCUUCAUCAUCGAGACCAUGGGGGGGUACUGUGGCUACCUGGCUACGGUGGGCGGGCUGGCGGCUGGCGCUGACACCGUCUACAUCUAUGAGGAGACGUUUGAUAUCCGAGACCUGCAGGCCAACGUGGAGCAUCUGACGCAGAAGAUGAAGACGAGCAUCCAGAGAGGACUGGUGCUGCGAAACGAGAACUGCAAUGAAAACUUCACCACAGACUUCAUCUAUCAGCUGUACUCGGAGGAAGGACGCGGCGUGUUCGACUGCAGGAAGAACAUCCUCGGUCACAUGCAGCAGGGAGGAGCUCCGUCUCCUUUUGACAGAAACUUCGGCACCAAAGUGGCAGCCAAAGCCAUGCAGUGGAUCACACGGAUGCUCAAAGAGUCCUACAAAGGAGGGAAAGUGUUCACUAACGCCGAGGACACCGCCUGCCUGCUGGGGAUGCGCCGCAGGGCCAUGGUGUUUCAGCCUGUCGCUCAGCUCCGAGAGGAGACCGACUUUGAACACAGGAUCCCAAAGGAACAGUGGUGGCUGAAGCUCCGCCCCCUGAUGAAAAUCCUGGCCAAGUACAAGACGUUCUACGACGUGUCCGAUGCCGGCCAGCUGGAACACGUGACCCGAGUCCGGCCCAAAGACUUCCAACCCUCCGUAUGAGCUGCUGUCAGCAGCCCCCCCCCUCACCGGACAAACCUGCUUCACGAGCCCCACAGCUUCUCACCUGACCCCCCACCCCGCCCCGACUACUGCAAAAAUGUUAGAUUUUUAAUGAGAUGGUCCCACAGACGGUCGACAUCUUAGAGGAGAAACAUGAGGAUGGUCAGACUAAACAAACUAGCAGCUAAGUUUUCUAGAUCCUAAAAUAAUAUAUUUAUGCACUCCUCAUGACGUACUGUACGCAUAUUUAAAUUUUAGUCUGAAAUGUAGCCAUUUCUAACCUUUUACUUUGAAAUUGUGCACUCAGGUGGGCGACAGCUUUCAUCAAACUUUCUGCUGCACUUUUUGAGUCCAUAAGCAAUGUACCGUCCCAACGCUGCUCGUAAAGAAGGAAGCUGUGCGAGAGCGGUCUGCACCUUGACUAUUGAGGGAGCGGCGAGGCUUCAGGCCGACAGGUCCUUCGUGCUGUGGACUGGUGUCUGUGGUGUUGUGUUGUUGCAUUGUAUCUGUCCAGGCUUUGUCGUGAGUAGGGUCCUGCCAGCUGCAGGUGUUACCCAUGGGUGUGGUGUCGUGUGUCUGUUACCGCACAUCACUGUUGUUAUGAAGCGUGGCCGUCCUGCUGGAGUCUAAUAAAGCUUUUACUGUGUGGA